AUGGCAGCCAUUAAAAUCCAUGGAAGUCCAAUCUCAACAGCUACACAGAGAGUUCUAGCUUGCCUUUAUGAGAAAGAAAUCGAAUUCGAGUUUAUUAAUGUCAAUAUGAGUGAAGGAGAACACAAGAAGGAGCCUCUCAUUUCUCUCAAUCCAUUCGGUCAAGUUCCAGCUCUUGAACAUGGGGACAUCAAGCUCUUUGAAUCGAGGGCGAUAACCCAAUACCUCGCUGAGGAAAACACCAGCAAAGGAACGGAGCUUUUAUGCCCCAGCGUCAAGGCGGCAGUGUUGGUGUGGAAGGAGGUAGAGGCUCACAAAUUUGAGCAACCAGCUUCAACUCUUAACUGGGAAAUCAUUUACAAGCCACUUUUCGGGAUGACCACGGAUCCAGCAGCAGUAGAAGCAAAUGAAACUAAGCUAGCUCAGGUUCUUGAUGUCUACGAGUCACGGUUGGCUCAAUCCAAGUAUUUGGCAUGUGGCUGCUUCACCUUAGUAGAUCUGCACCAUUUGCCUAAUUUGCAGUUGCUAUUGGGGACACAAUGCAAGAAAUUGAUCGACGCACGCCCCCAUGUUAGCGCAUGGGCAGCUGAUAUCACUGCACGACCAGCUUGGGCUAAGGUUGUUGCUCUGCAAAAGAAGUGAGAGUAUGGUCAUUUCUGCUCCAAAUAAACAAAUGUCGAGUCUUGUUCCUUUUUAUAUCUUCUGAUGUGUUUUGAUCAUCAAUUUUCUCUGCGAAGAUUGAUUGUAUUGGUAUCUCUCUUUUCAAAUAAAUUAUGUACUAGUUUGUGUUUGUGACA